AUGCAUCCUUAUCAAACUCCCGCCGAACAAAAUUUAAGACAUGAUAAAACUAUAAACAGAAUAAUUCUCAACACAAUCAUACGUUCAUAUUCUCGUUCUUCCACUGCAUUGACACCACAAUUAGAUAAAACUUCUGAUGGAAGUUCUGUAAAUGCUACAAAAGUUCAUAACAAUCAAUCCGCAGUAUUUACGGAUAAUCCGGCCGAAGGUGAUAAUCAAAAGAUGGCAUUUCUAAGAAAACUCGUUCAAUCUCACGCUUUUCACUUUCCACUCUCUCAUAUCUUUCCUCGGUUCUUAUCAAAUGUGCCAUCUUCGAGAAUAUUCCCAACAGCGUCGUUUGAUCUUUUGAAACUUGAGGGUUUUUAUUAUUUAGAUAAGACUCACUUCAUUCCUAAAAUAGAGGCUCUCGGUCCUGCCAUCCUUUCCCUGCGUCCUCGUCGUUUCGGAAAGACAUUAUUCCUCUCUACUUUGUCCUCUUACUAUGAUGUAAAGAACAGAGAACGAUUUAAUCAAUUAUUCCAAGAUUUGUAUAUCGGAAAAAAUCCUACACCAUUAGCGUCUGAGUUCCUCGUUCUCAAUUUCAAUUUUGCUGGACUUCGCACUAACGGAUUGUACGAAAUCUUUCAAGAGAACUUUCACAAAACUUUGAAUAUGAAGAUUAAAAAGUUUAUGCCCCGAUAUAAACAAGAAUUAGGAAAUAAUCAUUUCCGAAUUGAUGGCGAAAAUGAUGCUUUGGUGAAUUUCAGGAUGUUACUGGACGCGGUGGAAUUGAGUGAUAACAAGCUCUAUAUUUGCAUCGAUGAAUACGAUGGUAGUAUGAACGAAGCCCUUAAAAACAAAACACUCCAUCAUCACAAAAUCGAAUUAAUUGAAAGUUCAUUUAAACAAUUCUUCAGUAUAUUGAAGACUGCUUGUGAUGAAAACAUAGCUCGUGUUUUCCUAACUGGUGUGACUCCUGUCGUUAUGGCUGAAUUCACCUCGGGUUUUAACAUUUCGGUAGAUUUGACGCUAGACGAAGAAUUUUGGGACUUGUAUGGAUUCAAGAAAUCGGAAAUUAAGAUUCUCUUGGAUAAGGCUUUUGGAAAUAAUUUAUCAGAUAAUAUUAAAGAGCAAAUAAUGUCAUGGUUAAAGGAGGAAAACGAUGGGUAUUUUUUUCACCGUGAUCAACCUGAAGGGAUUUUCAACACUGCACGUGUCUUGUACUCACUCAAUCGACGCCCUUUCAAUUCUGCAAAUGGCAUAGAACAACGAUUUCGACUCUCCAAUAUUCGCAAGCUAGCAACUGAUCGUAGCCCGUUAUUAUCAUUCAUGUUCUAUACUGGAGCCAUCACAUAUCAACCAAACCCAUCACCCGCAUCGUUACAACACAAUUUUCGAAUACCAAAUCGUAUUGCCGAGAGGGAGUUUAUCACAGAAGCGCUUAAGAUUUAUGACUGGAAAAAGGAGGAUUUAACACCUGUACGGAAUUGUUUGCAGAUUUUGGAGGCAGAAUAUAACAUUGAACCUCUUUGCCGAUUUAUAGAAAAAACUUUACUAAAGCCAUUAAAGGACAAUAGUGUUAAACAUUCAAACGAAGAGACAUUGAAACAAACUUUUAUGGAUACUUUAAUUCUUACUCUUCACGCGGACAUUGAGCCAGAAUUUCAGGUGUUUCCUCAAAGCUCGAAUUUUGGUGGAAAAGCAAUUGAUCUAGUGAAGACAAGUUCCGGAAAAAUGAUAGCAAUCGAAUUUGAUAAUAUCAAGAUGGAGAAUGUUAAAUUGGACGGAGCUCGAGGUAGUUGGCAGGAAGCAACUGAGGUUUCACGAUCAUUGUUGGAAAAAUCAGAGGAUGAAAUUUUAAACCUUGAAAUCAAAGAUAUAUACCGGCCAAAUCAAAAGACAGUUCGCGAAGCUUUGGAAUCAAAGAUUAAAAAUAAAAGCAACGAGUAUUUAGAUCCGUUAAAAAAACAACACGAUGCAGAGUUGAGCUGUAAUUUUAUUGUUUUGAGAGUAGGCUUGCAUCGUCUAAUUAGCAGCAGGGUUUAUUGUGUUGAUGAAUAA